AGUCAUAAAGAAUAUUGACUAGUGGCUUUGUGUUAGACCACGGCCGGUGUCUGCUUGAAUCAUCAAUCCCAAACUAACUGCAGGAUUAUUCUUCCAUCUCUAAUUCUGCCCAAUGCGUGGUGACUGCUCGAGCAAAAUGAAACCCAAGCACGGCUGCUUGUUUAAAUGAAGGUCUACUUCAUACGCGGGUCGUCUUCAUCAUCGUUCAUCGCUGUUUCAGCACGCGUGGGCAUUUGUGCCUAAGAGUCGUAGCCCUCAAAUGAUUCUCAAACAGCGCUGAAUUCCCAGCAGCGCAGAAGGGUAACGCCGGGCUCCGUUCCCUACAGCAGGGUGAUUUCACAGCGUGUGAUGUCAGGACGGACGCUCCGCCUGAAGCGCACUGGGAGCCGGCCACUGAGUCACGGAAGGUUCGGCAGCAGCGAGGGAGCGCUGAAAAACCACAGUGGGAUCACACACGCAGUCUCACCGCCACCUCCACGCAGAGAAAGACAAGCAGAGGCGUAAAAUAGCGUUUAAUCCUGGACUUUGGAGCUGAAGAAACACAGCGGAGAGGGGCUUGAGUUACCUGGACCACGGAGCUGAACAAACAGACCAGAGCGGCUCACUGGAGGACACGUUGGAGAAGCCAAUCACAGCUUGAGGAAGAUCGCAAGAAACAACUGAAAAGAAUAACAAAGAAAGGGAAUAAAAGACUGAAGAGGAACUGGAAGAUCUGAACACAGAAGAGAACUGCAGCUCCUUAUUUUCUGCUUUAGGGAAAGACAAAACUAUUUGUUAUAUUUUGUAUCGAUGUAAUUUAUUUUAAUUGCGUAUUUAUUUAUUAUAAAAGGAAGAUGCCAUUUGAAAAGGUGGCAUUGUACUGAAGCUGUUAAGAAGCAGAGUGGAACGUUUCAGUUAAACUAAAACCUUAUCUGUGCAGAGAGACAACUCUUAAGAUUUGCACUGAGUAACAGAGACAGACAGAGCGGGAGGAGGGUGUGGGAGAGAGAGAGAGAGAGAGAGACUCUUGUAACCAAGGACAACCGGUGAAACACUCCACAGCUUGUUACACAGGGAGAGAGAGAGGGAAGGAAGUGGUUAUACAGGAAUCUAUAAAAGAGAGAAAAUCUCAGUUCUCUUUCAAUUCAUUACUUGACAUUUGGGAAUUCUGAUUCAGAGAACAACACGCUUUGACUGCUGUGAACCAGCUAAAGAGCUUUGAUUGGAGGAGCUCCAUUCCGUUUCAAAUCAAUGGACACCUCUUUUUUUAUUUAUUUUUUUGCUUUCCGUUGAACACCAACACGCUCUUGCGGAUUUAACCCUUCACCGUGCCGCUCAGAGGGACAGCAGGCUGCUGAUUUUCAUGAGCUGAAGCCUCGACCAUGGGGAAAUCUAACAGCAAGCUGAAACCGGAGGUGGUGGAGGAGCUGACGAGGAAGACCUACUUCACGGAAAAAGAAGUCCAGCAAUGGUACAAGGGCUUCAUCAAGGACUGCCCCAGCGGCCAGCUCGACGCCCCCGGCUUCCAGAAGAUCUACAAGCAGUUCUUCCCAUUCGGAGACCCCACCAAGUUCGCUACGUUCGUUUUCAAUGUGUUCGACGAGAACAAGGACGGCCGGAUCGAGUUCUGUGAGUUUAUCCAGGCUCUGUCCGUGACCUCCCGAGGGACUCUGGAUGAGAAGCUCAGGUGGGCAUUCAAGCUGUAUGACCUGGAUAAUGACGGAUACAUUACCAGAGAUGAGAUGCUGCACAUCGUGGAUGCCAUUUACCAGAUGGUGGGCAACACAGUGGAGCUCCCGGAAGAGGAGAACACGCCGGAGAAGAGGGUUGACCGGAUUUUCGCCAUGAUGGACAAGAACGCGGACGGGAAGCUGACUCUGCAGGAGUUCCAGGAAGGCUCCAAGGCCGACCCCUCCAUCGUUCAGGCCCUCUCGCUCUACGAUGGCUUGGUGUAGUGCCCACGAGCUGCGCUGCGAUGCCCGAGUGUCCCGCUCCAGUGCCAUCACCUCGCUCUCUGAAGAAUCUCGCGUCUCUCUUGCUGCCUUUACCAUGAAGUGGGAUCAUAGGGCCUUUCCCAGAGCCGCUCGCCGUCAAUCCUUGUCUCAUCGUCGCCGAAAUCCCUCUCCGUCGAGCGCAUCUCCCUGGCAGGGGAGCAGGGGGAGGCAACGCUCCUUAGAGAGGACAACACAAUCAAGAAAGCUUCAUCUUUUAUCAGUUCGAAGAGACUUGAGACAAAAAAAAAACACGACGAAAGAACGCUGUGCACGUUUACAUUCACCCAGGCUGAACGGCUUUUGGAUUGAGCUGCACUGACUGUUGUAUUUUUCUGGGGGGGUGGGGAGGUGGGUGGCGGUUGGCAUGUAAAUAUCCAUUAAGGUCCGGAGUUUUUACAGGCAGCAAAGCAAUCUCUAAAGUUUCGUGCAUUUGUGUAGAAUGACAUUCAGUGCUACUUUUUUUUUUUUUUUUUUUUUAUAUAUUCAAUGCAACCUUUUUGAAUAUAUUCUGCUGUAACAGACAUUGUGCAAUAGAAAUCGUUUCCAGUUCUUUGGAAAAGUUGUGCUUUACGGAGGACUGUAUUUAUUUGACAUGUUUGUGUUUGCAUGUUGCUGCUGUGUGUGUUGAAGGUACGCUUCCUCUAUAGAAACAGAACCCAAACUAUGGGGCUGUUUGCAUGAGAGUGUAACGUUGAUGUGCAACUUUUUUUUUAUUUAUUAUUUUGCUACUUUUAAUCCUAAUUGAAUAAAACUUGCUGGAAAUGUAUACUGUUGCUUUCAAAUACGGUCCUCAAAGACGCUGGCACGCAGUCGGACUACCAGAUCAUUUCCAUGGUGUACGCAGCUGUUUACAAGUACUGUGCUAGUGGAUAGUCUCUCUGCUACUUUAUUAACUAGUAAGCAACCUGUAAUACAGACCCUGCACUGUACAGGUACCAGUUAAUCUUCCUGCGCUAGCUAGCUUAAAAAAUAAAAUCUACUACAAUAUAUGUAAAGGCUGCAAAAUUAAAUUAACUUUUUUUUUUUUUUUGUAUUUAAUUUUUAAUGCAUGUAUAUAUUUUAUCCAUCAUUCCAUGUUUCCCCAUUUUAUGCCAUUAACUAAGACUACAUUGCUAUUAAAAAAGAAUGAAGAUUGUACACCAGCCAUGCUUUUGUUCAUUGAGCACCUGUCUUAGCCAAAUGCAACCUGCUUUUGUAUUGAAAUCGUUUACUGGUUCACUGUUGCUGCAGACCCGCUCCGGAAGUGAUGUGUGAAUAAUAUCUGGUGGUCAGAGUUUUAUGUGAAAGCAGUAACGUUUUUCAAAAUCACAAUAAUAUCGGUGUGAAUACUGAAGUAUCCACAAGGACAAAAGUAGCUUGUAGUUUUUAUUUAUAAUUAAAAUAAUCUUAUUUAUAAAAAAAAAAGCAUUCCAGAGAAACCGCAGCACCCCCUGGUGGUUGAAAUAUAUAGCAAACUGAAGACACAGUGCUUACACUGUCAGGAGCCGUCGCGCUGUUUAUAUUCUGCCUUGUAGCGCGAAUGCAAGUGCCAGGGCAAUUAAGGGGCAAAUAGAAGCCACGACCAUGGCGCAUUAUAACCAAUUUUGUGUUGUAUAGGACAGCCUUAUAAAGUUCCCCCGUACACCAUUAUUUUAACAAUGAAUUCUAACUGAAACGUUUACUAAUACCUUCGUGCUCCAGAGUUUGAAGUUGGCAUAUAGAAGCAUUAUAAGGUGCCGUUUUAAAAACGGUUCUGUGGUUUUAAAAGGGGGAGGGGGGGCUGUCAUUUUAAAAAAAGAUGGGAAAUUCGCGCCACUAAAUACAGAAUCUGGAGAGAAAGCCGCCCUGUGGUUUAAGUGUUUUGGGGUGGUGAUGUUAACUCUGUUAGCACUGCAGACGUGAAGCUGUUUGUUAUCCCCAGGGCAGAGUUCAUUACACUAGAGAACUGUUCUGAAGCACAGUACUUGUAACAGGCGCACACUAAAGUGCCACUGAGGUGCGUGUGGUUGAGCUGAAUUUUAAUCUACAGUUGAAAUGGAGGAAUGCAGCUGGGUGUAAACAUUAAACGUGUCCUGUCCUCGAUUCUGUGUGUGUCUUCACUUCCUCGGCCCGGGAUAAGGCUCUGAGAAUUGGGCUUCACUGACACGUUAGUGCCCUUGCCUUGAUAAUCCGUUGUGUAUUGGAGGCUUCUUGUCCCCUAGAAGAUAUUAAACAAUGCUGUACAGAGUGUUACAAUGCAGUCACUGCUGCUUUUGGAGACUGUGCCAGCAACCCUUUAAACGUGGAUUUGCUGGAAAGAAUGGGCUUUUAAUAGGGCUCACUUAACAUGAGAAAUAGGCUUUGUUAUGCAGGUGGUCUUUAAUGCAGGAUUGCACUCAGGUACACAGUCCUCUGUUGAACUUGGCUGGAAGCUCACAUCCCAGAGAUGCGGUUUGUAGGGAAGCAUGCAGCCCAGGUUUUACUGUGUGACAUGCUAGUUCUGCUAUCUACAACCUGCCGAAGCAUUCUCCACAAUGUGUGGAUCCUGCUCUGCCGUCUAUUGUGUGCAAAUUAGAUGCUACACAAUGUGUCCCCACCUCCGAGGCCUCUGUUUUAUAAAGGAAUCCUCCCUUUGUCUUGAAGUCUGAAUUGUCUCUGUUUGAGAUGCAUGUCAGUGUUCCGUCCUGUGUGUUAAUUAUUGAACAAUACAGAACAAUUAAAUACUACUAAUAAUAAGAUGAAUACAUUGAAAGAUUACAGUUGCAUGUAUUGUUAGUGAUGCAUCAAGCAAUAUUUUAUCCAAAUAAAAUGAAGUGGAAUUCA